AAUGCAAACAAUACAACACUCAACAACAACAGGAAGAUUUCUAUCCCUCUGUCCAACUUGACGAGUACAUAUUGUUCCAUUGGGGAAAAGUCGGAACUGUCCUGGUGGUCGAACGGACUGCUUAUGUAAACAGUCCCGCAUCACCUGAUCCAACUCCGGCUUAGAGCGAGCCGAGGCAUUUCCCCAGGUUUGGCUCUUAGUGUCCUUUCUGGAUCCGAGGGGCCAUUCUCCAGCUUUCUCCUCCAUAAAAUCUUCCAUCCCUAUCACACAUAUCCUUAUAUCCUACAAUCCAUCGAAAUGGCCUCCAAGCGUAUGUCUCGAGAAACCAAAACAAUCACAUGCAAAAACCAUCAAUACACCGCAAGCUGACAUCAAUAUCGCAGAACAACUCCGCACAACGGUCACUGACCUCCUCAAGAUCCCUCAUCCGGUCCUCCUUGCUGGAAUGAACGUCGCCGCCGGUCCUAAACUCGCAGCUGCAGUCACAAAUGCGGGAGGAUUGGGAGUCAUCGGAGGAGUCGGAUACACUCCAGAUAUGCUGCGCGAGCAGAUCGCAGAGCUCAAGUCCUAUCUUAACGAUAAGAACGCUCCAUUUGGUGUUGAUUUGCUCCUCCCACAAGUCGGUGGCUCUGCCCGCAAAACAAACUACGAUUAUACCAAAGGCAAGCUCAAUGAAUUAGUAGACAUCAUCAUCGACAGCGGUGCCAAACUCUUCGUUUCCGCCGUCGGAGUUCCUCCCCAACAUGUUGUUGACCGACUCCACAAAGCCGGCAUCUUGUACAUGAACAUGAUUGGACACCCCAAGCACGUGAAGAAGUGCCUCGAUCUCGGGGUCGACAUUAUCUGCGCACAGGGAGGAGAGGGAGGUGGACACACCGGUGACGUUCCCACAACCGUUUUGAUCCCAGCAGUUGUCGAGCUUGUAAAGGGCAAGAAGAGCCCAAUGACCGGACAACCUGUACAAGUUGUUGCCGCUGGCGGUAUCUAUAACGGCCAGACUGUUGCCGCUGCUCUUAUGCUCGGCGCCAGCGCCGUUUGGGUCGGUACUCGUUUCAUCUUGACUGAUGAGGCUGGUGCUCCCAAGGCUCACCAAGAAGCUGUCCGGACAGCUGGCCACGACGACAAUGUCCGCACAAUUAUCUUCACCGGAAGACCAUUGCGGGUACGGAACAACGCUUAUAUCUCGAACUGGGAGAACAACCGCGCGGCGGAAAUCAAGGAGCUCACAAGCAAGGGUGUCAUUCCCGUUGAGCAUGAUUUCGAGACAUUGGGCGAUGAUAUUGAUGACGAGACUAUGGAUAACGCUCGCCCCUUCCUGAUGGGCAAGGCCGCCGCUGUUGUAAACGAGAAGAAGAGCGCAAAGGCCGUUGUUGAUGAGUUAGUAAGUGAUGCCGUGGCAUGGAUCCACAAGGGCGAGAAGAUGACUGCGAAGUUGUAGAUGAAUCAUAAGACGAAGAUGAAGAGGAGGAACUUGAGGUUAAGCACCGCCAAAGACGGCAUUUUUGGACAGUGUAUGAAUUAGAACCAUUGCAUGCAACCGAACAUUUACAAAUCCACUUCCCUCGCUCUCUCUCUCGUGUUGACACCCACUUGCAUCCAUAAAAAGCACAUCGUUAGUAUGUUGACAUAGUGAAGCACAUCAAUAUAUCAU